CGCUACCCCCUCCGCUCACAUCCCGUGUUUUCAAACCCAAACUCAAUUCCUCUCUGUUUUCAUCAAUCCUUUUUUUUUUUUUUUUGGCUUCAAAUCUUGCAUUCUACUUUCACUUCUUCUCGCUGUUUCGCCAUACUCAUGCGCUUCCUCUGUUAUUUGAGUCAAAGGAUUUUCAGCUAUCACCAUGUCAGUUGCACCAGUUGAGAGUAUCCCCUCAUUAAGCAGCGAUCUCUUCUAUGAUAUAUUUCGUCGAGUUGAUGGUGCAACAUUGGCUAGUGCAGCAUGUACCUGUGCAGCAUUGUGUUCCAUCUCAAAAGAAGAGAGUUUGUGGGAGAACGUAUGUUCAUCUAUGUGGCCUUCAACCAAUAGAGAGGAUGUCAAAAGUUUAAUUUCUUCUGUUGGUGGAUUCAGAAAGUUCUAUGCAGAUUGUUUUCCGCUUAUUGUAAACAAGGAGGUCGUAGAGUAUCAACAGAACAACUAUCUUGAAUAUCUGGACAACUGGACUGAAGCUGAAUAUUAUGGGGACAUGAAUGAAUCUGAAAGCAUCUCUCCAUCAGAUUUUGUUUCUAUAGUAGAUAUUAGGUUCAAGGGGAAACCAAUUUGUUCCAAAGUUCUCUGGGGAAUUCCAAAUGCAAAUGGCUAUGAUGGUUGGUUCUAUAACUGCCCUUUCCGGAUUGAUAUUCUCACUUAUGCAGAUAGAGAUGAUAACAAUGAUGGAGUGGUUAACCUUUCUGUAUCUGAUGGUCUGCCUCCAAUCGCAUCCUUCGAGAGGGAAAGGAAAGACGGGAAACUGUGGCGGGAGCUUCGGGAAGGGCUCCAGCUCAGUUGGAUUAUAGUAAACAGGAAAAUUAAACAAGCUGCAAAUCUUGCUAGUUGGAGCCCUCUUGGUGGUCAAAGACAUUGGCCAACAGAUAAGGAUUUUGUUAUUCGCUUUGGAUCAGUUCUACCUGCCAAGGAAAUUCUUCCCUGUCAGGUAGUGGAAUGUAUCCUUAUUAUGAAGUUUAGAGUGGUUCACACAGAAGAAGACGGGGUUGAAACAACUCUUAAAUUAACAGAGCUGAGCAUGCAGUUGGAAGACAUGGAAGGUGCCCAUGUUAAUGGAAGAAACAGUUUGCAUAUACUUAAGGAAGCACUUAGCAGCCGAAGGAGCAAAAAUUAUGGUGAAGUGCUUGAGUCUUGUCACAUGUAUUCAAAAGUACAGAAUGAGUUGAAAGAGGAGAAGAUGAGAAACGAAAGUAGGUUGGAUAGACUUUGUAUUUUAAGUGGCAUUGCCGCGUUUAUGACGUUCUGGUACUGCGUUUUGUGAAAUGGUGGCACAUAAUCAUUUAGUGGAAUAAGCUAAUUUGUUCUAACAAAUGUUGGACCUUGGCGCGCACUCCCUUGUAAGAUAUGAUUUUGCUUACCCUAAUAAACAAAUCAAUAAACAGCAGCGCGCUUGGCUCUAUGAUCAUUGUACAAAUUCAGCUCAACUAGGAAUAUUGUUUAUGCGCAGGUAUUUUUAAAUUAAGAUAUGCAUGCUACCUUUAAGAUUAA